GGCGCCGUGGAGGAUGAGGAGGACCUGCCAGAGCUGUCGGACAGCGGGGACGAGGCCGCCUGGGAGGAUGAGGACGAGGCUGAGCACCCCCACGACAAGCGGCAGACUCCCUGCCUGUUCUGUGACAGGUUAUUCACAUCUGCCGAAGAAACAUUUUCCCACUGUAAAUCUGAGCACCAGUUUAAUAUUGAUAACAUGGUCCAUAAACAUGGUCUGGAAUUUUAUGGCUAUAUUAAGCUAAUCAAUUUUAUCAGACUUAAGAAUCCUACAGUUGAGUAUAUGAAUUCCAUCUACAACCCAGUGCCUUGGGAGAAAGAAGAAUAUUUGAAGCCAGUAUUAGAAGAUGAUCUUUUACUCCAGUUUGAUGUGGAAGACCUUUAUGAGCCAGUGUCAGUCCCCUUCUCCUACCCUAAUGGACUCAGUGAAAAUGCAUCUCUCGUUGAAAAAUUGAAGCACACGGAAGCCAGGGCACUGUCUGCUGAAGCUGCAUUAGCUAGAGCCCAGGAAGAUCUGCAAAGAAUGAAACAAUUUGCGCAGGACUUUGUGAUGAACGCAGAUGUCAGAACGUGCUCGCCAUCCGUCGCCAUUGCGGACCUCCAGGAGGAUGAGGACGGAGUUUACUUCAGCUCAUACGGGCAUUAUGGGAUACACGAGGAGAUGCUGAAGGACAAAGUGCGAACAGAAAGUUACCGAGACUUUAUAUACCAAAAUCCACAUAUCUUCAAAGACAAGGUUGUUUUGGAUGUUGGCUGUGGAACUGGAAUUCUCUCUAUGUUUGCUGCUAAAUCUGGUGCAAAGAAGGUUCUUGGUGUUGAUCAGUCUGAAAUACUUUACCAGGCAAUGGAUAUCAUAAGACUGAAUAAACUUGAAGACACAGUUUUACUAAUUAAAGGAAAGAUUGAAGAAGUUCAUCUUCCUGUAGAAAAAGUGGAUGUCAUUAUAUCUGAAUGGAUGGGUUAUUUUCUUCUCUUUGAGUCUAUGUUAGAUUCUGUCCUUUACGCAAAGAACAAAUACUUGGCAAAAGGAGGAUCGGUUUACCCGGACAUCUGCACCAUCAGCCUGGUGGCAGUGAGUGAUGUGAGCAAACAUGCUGAGAGAAUUGCCUUUUGGGACGAUGUCUAUGGCUUCACCAUGUCUUGCAUGAAGAAAGCAGUUAUUCCAGAAGCGAUAGUGGAAGUUUUAGAUCCAAAGACCCUGACUUCUGACCCUUGUUGUAUUAAGCGUAUAGAUUGCCAUGCAACAUCCAUCUCAGAUUUGGAGUUUUCUUCAGAUUUUACGCUGAAAAUCACAAGGACAUCUAUAUGCACGGCAGUUGCUGGUUACUUUGAUAUAUAUUUUGAGAAGAAUUGCCACAAGAGGGUCACAUUCUCUACGGGUCCCCAGAGUACCAAAACACACUGGAAACAAACGCAGUUUCUACUGGAGAAGCCGUUUCCAGUCAAAGCAGGUGAGACCUUGAAAGGAAAGAUCACAGUUCACAAGAAUAAGAAAGAUCCACGUUCUCUCAUUGUGACCCUCACAUUGAAAAAUUCAACACAGACUUACGGUCUCCAGUGAAAAAAAUCACAAAAGCACAACUAAUGUAUAGCUUUCAAUGUGGGGGGUGGGGAAGAGGCUGGCCAGAGAGGGAUCUAGGAGCCCUCUGUGAGCACACAGAUGGUGGGAGCUUCUCCUGAGGAGUCUCCUGAAUCAGAGGGAGGCACAGGAGGAGCCUGGCCUUACUUAGCCGAGAAAGGCUACCAGAUGAUCCGUGGCCACCUCCUUGGGUAAACUUGCUCUUGGAAGUAAUUCAGACAUUCAGGUUAGCUAUAGUGGAAAUCAUUUAAAUUGACCCAAGUUUGGAACAGAGAUAAUCUUUUGUUAUUUUUAGUAAGUCUCUUAUUAUAAUAUGAAGUAGGAAAAUUACAUUUCCUAGUGUAAUUUUAAACAAUGGUGUUAAUUAGCUAUUUGGAUUAUGUUUUAUUAAACCAGUAGCCAUGCACAAGGUGUUAAACACAUUUUAUUGCAGAUGGAGAAGGAACAGUUUUUAAUGGUAUGAUUUGCAAGAAUAUUAGGGUGUUUGUGAUCAAAGAGCAAAUAACACAGAGAAGGCAGCAUCAGCCUUCGUGCACGGACCUUUCUGCUGGGAAAAUAGCUUAGAGAGUAGAGUAUCCCAUUGGCAUUACCUGUCUUUCUCAUUUUGAAGCUGCUUCUCUUUGUAAAUACUCUUUGGCCAUAUAAUUUUUUAGUACUGACCAGGAAAUCUAAUUUCAAUAUGUGUAUCUUCGGUUUCAUAAAAGUUUUUAAAGAUAUAUAUAUAUAUAUAUGUUCUACUUAUUUACUAGGACUUUUUUCAAACUAGAUUUAUGUGCAGAGGUUAAAUAUACUUAUUAUAUCGCUCUAUACGAUUUUGCCAUUUACAAUUACUGAAAUGCAGAAUGGAAAGCGUUUAAUAAAACGUAUAAAACAACGGUUAGCCUUUUAACAUGAUGUUUCAACUUAUUAAAAUCUUUUGUAACAUCACUCGGAAGCAUUUAGAGUAAAUCCUACAAAGGAAUCAUUUUGAAGAAAACAAGGAUUUUAAAGAGAGCUGGGCACAUGGCUCUUAAAUUCAGCAACUAGUUCUUCAUCUGCAUGAGACGUACACACGCAUGUGUGGCCUAGUGUGGAGCAGUCUGCGUUCUGGCUUCAGUGCCUAAGUUAAAAGGCUGGCCUCCGCAUUUUCGCUUGCUCUGUUGACUUAGUCACAGACCUUAAUGUUUAUAUCACCGUCUGAGUUAGUCCACGUCUAAACACUGAGUGCCCGCCACACAGAAAGCAAUAAAUGUCAGGUGCCAGUCUCCUCAUUAUCGCCCCAUGAAAACCCCUUUCAAAGAAUCCCUGGCAUCCAUGUGCACGCUUCCGAAGGUUGGACCUUGACAGAGGAAGGCGGAAGGAUCGAUGUACUGAACUGUGGUGUUGCCAAGGAUAUUGCCUGCCCCGCGAGCUUCCCGAAGAACGGCCAAGGUGCUCGUAGAAGGAACUCAACCAGAAUGAGCCUUUGCUCUCUUACCUUGCGUUCAUGAGAAAAGAAGCUGAUUGAGAAGGGCAUCCUGCUGCGCACGUGAUCUAAAGGGAUUGGUGAAAAUGCAGGAAAUCCCCCUACUGUGGAAAACGGCCCGUGGACGAGAUCAUACCCCAGACUGAAGACAGCGCAGGGUCAGACAGCGUUUGAUUCUUUCAUCCGCAAGUUCACCGGCUGAGCAAGAGCUUAACCUAAUUCAUUUGACGGUUGUCGACCUUAUCAUGACAUAAUUAUGAAGCUACAUAAAUAGGUGAUUAAAAGUACAUUAAUUUAAAAUGGCA